AUGAAAGAGCCACAGUAUUGGACUCUUAACAACAUGGACAUGUUUGGCCCAGGACAACUGGUAUCUACUCUCCUGCCUGCAGUUUUCCAUUCACCUGCAGCUCACUUUUUCCCAGCAUUCCCAACCAGACUGGGCUCUCAACCUCAGAUUCUGAUCCCGGGGCCCUUUAUCAGCUAUGAAUCCUUGAGGAAUUAUCUGCAGCCAGAGCCAUGCAAGGAAGCCUUUCUCCUGGCCGCGCAGACAGUCGGGAUGGGGCCACUCACAGAGUGCAUAGAUGAACAGAGGCCAGUGAAGCAGCGUCGUGCACGGGCCAACUACAGCAGCUGGCAGCUGGAGGAGCUGGAGAAGGCCUUCGAGACCACCCACUAUCCAGACAUCUUCAUGAGGGAGGCUCUGGCCCUCAGACUGGACCUCAUCGAGGCCAGAGUACAGGUUUGGUUUCAAAACCGCCGUGCCAAGAUGAGGCGGCAGCUGAAACUCCAGGGCCAGCAUGCGGGGCCUUACGUAAAAAGAGACAAUGAUGAAACGUCUGAGAAAGCGAGCAGGGGUUUGAAACAGCAGACAGAAAGUUCUGACAGCGAGCACUGGGAGACACGACCGGAAGGAGAAAACUAUCCAUGGACAAAAGCUGCGAGUGCUGCGCUGAGCGCGCGUAUGCAGCCUGUGACCCCGAGGUCGGGGAAGUGGGAGAGGCCGGAGGGGCCGAGCUCAGAGGAGCUCCGCUCCAGCAGCAUUGCUAAUCUGAGGGCCAAAGCCAGAGAGCACGAGGCAGAGAUUCACAGUACUGUAAACAUGUCAGGAGGUGACACACAGUCACAAACACAGGAAGAUGAUGCCAUGCACAAUGAUUGAUUGUUUUUCUGCUUCCUGUUUGUAUAGAUAAUAAUAGAAAAACAGCGUAGACACUAUUAAUAUGCAGGAACAUAGGUUUAAAACCUAUUUGGGAUGAGGAGCUUCAUUAUUUAGCUUAGUAUAAAAUGUUACAGUAAUCUUCUACAUGAUUUUCUAUCAAAUUAUUAAUCUUGACGCACUAUUUUCAAUCUUAUCUUCAUGGUAAUUUUAACUAACCUUUUCUGGCCAUUUUUAUUUAAAUAGGAUUUUUAAAGUUCUUUUUAAACUGGGGUGGUUAAACGCAUAUCAAUGUUUUGUCUGUUUUUAUACAGAUGUAAAACUGUAAAAACUCUCUAUACUAGGGAUGCAAUGAUCCAACUUUUUCAGUCCUAAUAGCGAUACCUGAGUUUUAGGUAUCGGCCGAUACCGAGUACCGAUCCGAUACCAGUGUUAAAUUAAUAAGCUGUAUGCCUCACUGUGUGGAAGUGACUGGGAUCAUCCUUUUAU